AUGGGAGUAGUUUCAAAUCUGGGUGAGGAGAGGCAAUUCGUGGAAAUGUCCUUUGUAUUAUAUUCGGAGCGCCUCCGAGAUGGGGUGGUUGUGGGUGACGGAGGGGUGAUAUUUGCACUGGAGAGACGAGGAUACGUGGACGCUGGAAAAUGGACCCCAGAAGUAGUGGUGGAGCAUCCCGAGGCUGUUAAACAGUUGCAACGGGAAUUUCUGAGAGCAGGCAGUGACGUGAUACAAACAUUUACUUACAACGGCACCCAAGAUAAACUGACAAGAGCAUUAGGAAAAAAUACAAUCUCGUGCCAACAGAUUGCUGAUAAAGCUUGUCGUAUAGCGGAAGAGGUGGCCAAAAAGGGAGACGUCCUGAUAGCGGGUAGCAUCACAAAGUGUGCCUCUUAUAAAGAUGGAAAGGGCAAGGCCGCUGUUCAGGCCCAGAUAAGGAGUCAACUUGAGUUGUUUACCAAAAACAAGGUUGACUUCCUCAUUGCUGAGUUAUAUUUUCACGUGGAAGAGAUGGAAUGGGCCAUCGAGGAAGCUCUCAAGACGGGGUUGGAGGUAGCUGCUACAAUGGGCAUAGGUGGAAAAGGUGACCUUAAUGGUGUCCCUGCAGGGGAAUGUGCCGUAAGAAUGGCUAAAGCAGGAGCUAAAGUAGUGGGUGUGAACUGCAUGUUUGACCCUGAUGAGACAGUGAACACCAUCAAAGAAAUGAAGAUUGCACUGGACGACGCUGGCCUCUCUCCUUUCCUUAUGACUCAGCCUAAUGGUUUCUUUUGCCCGGGGGCCGGCAAGUAUGGUUAUCUCUCCUGCCCGGAGUUCCCGUUCGCUUUAGAGCCUCGAGUGGUGACCAGAUUUGACGUCCACCGCUACGCUCGCGCCGUCUACAACCUUGGGGUUCGCUAUAUCGGUGGCUGCUGUGGUUUCGAGCCUUACCACAUCCGCGCUAUAGCAGAGGAAUUGGCUGAGGAAAGAGGCAAGAUGCCAUUAGCCAGCGAAAAGCAUAAGCCUUGGGGGAAAAAUCUGGAGACAAGCUACAAUGAAUUUCUUAGAAAAAGAGCUGGACGGGAUUACUGGGAGAACCUCAUUCCGAGCUCCGGCCGUCUACAGCCUCCAUCCCACCCAUACGACCUAAGCCCGGAGAACGAACUGUACAAAAAGGAAACUGCUAGAAUGUCUAUGGGCUUUGCGCUAAUGGAGGAGAACAAUUAAUUUCUCAACAGGAUCGAUAGUCGGAGCCGUAUAGUUUAGCCAAUAUGGAUAAAAAAUGUAUAUUUAUUUCUCUCUCUCUCUCUCUCUCUCUCUCUCUCUCUCUCUCUCUCUCUCUCUCUCUCUCUCUCUCUCUCUCUCUCUCUCUCUCUCUCUCUCUCUCUCUCUCUCUCUAUAUAUAUAUAUAUAUAUAUAUAUAUACACAUGUAUAAAGAUAGAUAAAUAGAUAGAUAAGUAAAAUAAGCAUGGGUUCAUAUCCUGGCCACGGCCCAAAGAAAAAAAGAACAUCCACUUGUUUCCUAAGUGCCAAGGUAAACACUCUAUCUUAGCCCUAAUGAAAUGCGAAACAUGACGUUUCCCUUCAAAUAAGUAUGUAUGUUUUCUUUUUUGUGGAUGUGUGGAAAAAUAAAGGAAUCAUUUAGAAACCAAGCUACACGUCGCAGUAUGUAUGUUAUGACACGCCUACCUUUUCCACCAAUCAUCUUCAUCCUUACAUUUGCUUAAUCUUCUUUUAAAUUUCUCUAAUGACUCAGAACUAACAAUGCAGUUGAGAAGAGUAUCGCUAUUUGAGAACUAAUUACUUUCUAUCUCUAUGUAAAUCUAACUUUAGGAUGCUCAAACUCAUUUUGUUUCGCUUUAUCUUUUUUAUGUAUAUGUAACAUGUAGUGAUUAGGUACAAGGUGUGAGUCAAAAAAUGUGACCUGCUAGCUGGUAAGGAAAACAAACUCUGAAGAGAAAAUUACAUAAGGAGCUGCCUGACUAUCCAGACUCAUCUACUAAAUUAAUCUGGCGUCAUCUAGCAACUACAAUAACAAAUUGCAAGAUAACGCCAUGGGUUUGGGUGUAUGCUUAAAACCCCUUCGCGCCGGAUGUUAAAAAAGCCCGCCUGUAUGAUAUACAGGUGGUAGUGCCGCGCGCCCGAGCGGGGGAAACUUGUGCAAGCUUGUCAUACUUGUCGUCUUUGUGUA